UUAUUAAUUUUACUGUUUAGAGUAAAAAUGACUAAAUGUAAAACAACUUUUAGCAGGUACCAUCCAUCAGGAAGGGCAUGGGCAUUACGUUCCCAUAGUAACAGUAAACAAUGAGUUGAGACUUCAUUCACGCCUCACAAACAUUUCUCGCAACUUUUAACACUAGUGGCACUAAAUUAAGUUGUAAAAGUAGCGGUGGUGCGUAUUACAAUAUGAUUCCCCCGGCCGAUUCGCUGCUGAAAUAUGAUAACCCAGUUUUAGUGAGCAAAAAUACAGAAAAGAAGUAUCCAAAGGCACGACCAUUGAAAGUGAGCCCCCAGCAACCUCCUCAAACAGGCCCUGUUCCAGCUCCACCCAAACCAAAAACCCCAUCCGCGGACGGCAACAAGCAGCAAACGGAGGAGAUACUCAAUGCUAUUCUUCCUCCCAGAGAAUGGAUGGAGACUAACCAGCUGUGGGUGCAGCAGGUGUCCAGCACACCUUGCACCCGCAUGGACGUGGUGCACCUGCAGGAGCAGCUGGACCUCAAGCUGCAGCAGAGACAGGCCAGGGAGACCGGCAUCUGUCCCGUCCGCAGGGAACUGUACUCCCAGUGCUUUGAUGAGUUGAUCAGACAGGUGACCAUAAACUGUGCUGAGAGAGGCCUGCUGCUGCUGAGGGUGAGAGAUGAGAUCAGGAUGACCAUCGCUGCCUACCAGACUCUGUACGAGAGCAGCGUGGCCUUCGGGAUGAGGAAGGCCCUGCAGGCAGAGCAGGGCAAGUCUGACAUGGAGAAAAGGAUUUCAGACUUGGAGGAUGAGAAGCGGGACCUGGAGAGGCAGGUGAACGAGCAGAAGGACAAGUGUGACGCCAUCGAGAAGAGAGAGAAGGAGAGGCGACAGGUGGAGGAGAAGAAACACACUGAGGAAAUCCAGUUCCUGAAACGCACCAACCAGCAGCUCAAGGUCAGACGCUCCACAACCCCAGGAGCUUGGAUCUCCCCCCUACCAGCACGUCCAGACAAAUGAAAAAGAACUUAACACACAUAAAACCUUGUAAUGUCUGCCCCAAGUGUACACAAAACAGCUGUCUGAGAAUGAAAGGGACUGAAUUCCUUUCCAAGUGUUCAGAUGUUGUUGUUCCUCUGAAAGGCUAACUGGUUCAUCCUCCGUGUUCACAUGUUGUUCCUCUGAAAGGCUAACUGGUUCAUCCUCCGUGUUCACAUGUUGUUGUUCCUCUGAAAGGCUAACUGGUUCAUCCUCCGUGUUCACAUGUUGUUGUUCCUCUGAAAGGCUAACUGGUUCAUCCUCCGUGUUCACAUGUUGUUGUUCCUCUGAAAGGCUAACUGGUUCAUCCUCCGUGUUCACAUGUUGUUGUUCCUCUGAAAGGCUAACUGGUUCAUCCUCCGU